GGGAUAAUGCCGAAGUCCUUAAGCAGCCGGUGUAAAGAGCUUGUAGCAUCUCUUAUCAAUUAUUCUGAAAAGGAAUGUGAUGGACCAUUGAAAUCAGUUAGGGAGGUCCUGUACAAUGGAGUUACAUCCAGCACCAAAGAAUCAUCGGAAAUAAGAAAUGGCUUUGUACAGAUUUGCAUUGCUAAAAAUAAAUCAUCAGAUGCAGUAUCUACAGCCUUCAUGGGUAUUAAAUUGUGA